AGCGUUUAUAAUUUGUCGAUAAUUAAAACAUCUGGAAUUCUUCAAUAUUCAACAUGUUAAGUAGAUUGUAUCCACGCCUCAUUCAACAAGUAUAUGCUGUGAACGCUUCACCACUAUCUAGAUUCAGUUCCAAAUGGACCGGAAGAGAAUCUUUAGAAUCUGAAGAUCCAGAAAUAUUAAGAAUCAUCAAGAAUGAAAAAGAUCGUCAACUAAGAGGGUUGGAACUUAUAGCGUCGGAGAAUUUCUGCUCACGAGCUGCCAUUGAAGCAAUGUCGUCUUGUUUAACGAACAAAUAUUCAGAAGGAUACCCAGGCCAGCGUUAUUAUGGUGGUACUGAAAAUGUUGAUGAACUUGAGCUGUUGUGCCAGAAGCGUGCUUUGGAAGCUUUCCAUCUUAACCCUGAUGAAUGGGGCGUUAAUGUUCAACCUUAUUCUGGUUCUCCUGCCAACUUUGCAGCUUACACAGCAGUAUUGAAACCGCAUGAUAGAAUAAUGGGGUUGGAUCUUCCUGAUGGUGGACAUUUAACACAUGGUUUUAUGACGGACGCUAAGAGAAUUUCUUCCACAAGUAUUUAUUUUGAAUCGAUGCCGUAUCGACUUAAUCCCUCUACUGGCUACAUUGACAUGGAUGCAUUAGAGAACAGUGCCAAGCUAUUCCGUCCGAGAAUGAUCAUCGCUGGUGCGAGCGCUUAUUCACGCCUCAUCGAUUAUAAGAGGAUGAGAGAGAUAGCAGACCAACAUGGCGCAUAUGUGUUGUCAGACAUGGCACAUAUAAGUGGAUUAGUUGCCACACAACUUGUACCUUCUCCAUUCGAACACAGUGAUAUCGUUACAACUACCACACAUAAGACAUUGAGGGGGCCAAGGGCUGGAAUCAUUUUCUUCAGGAAAGGUGUACGAAGUGUUCACAAGAAAACGGGCAAAGAAACGAUGUAUGAUUUGGAGAGUCGUAUCAACUUUGCAGUGUUUCCAAGUUUACAAGGAGGACCACACAACCCAGCAAUUGCAGCUAUUGCAGUAGCAUUAAAACAGUCAAUGGAACCAUUUUUCAAGGAAUACCAAAUUCAAACUUUAAAAAACGCGGCAACCAUGGCCAGUGAGUUGACAGCAAGGGGUUACAACCUCGUUUCAGGUGGGACAGAUAAUCACCUCGUGCUCGUUGAUCUGCGACCCAAGGGAAUCGAUGGAGCGCGAACGGAGAAAGUUCUCGAGCUUGCUUCGGUUACCGUGAACAAGAACAGCGUUCCGGGGGAUAAAAGCGCUCUCAUGCCAGGAGGGUUGAGAUUGGGUGCCCCCGCAUUAACCUCCCGUGACUUUGUUGAAGAAGAUUUUGUGAAAGUUGUUGAUUUUCUUGAUAAAGGGGUUGAGAUCGCUAUUGAAGCAAAGAAGAAAACCAAAAAACUCGCGGACUUCAAAUCAUUUAUCGAAACAAAUCCUGAAACAGUUGAAAAAAUCUCAAAUCUUCGAAACGAGGUCGAAAAAUUCGCUCGUAGUUUCCCAAUGCCAGGGUUCGAGGACCAUUAAAAGUUUUUAUUCAUACAGCAACAGACCAUGUCAGAAUUAUUGUAAAUUCUCCUCCAAAAAUAACUAGAACAAUUAUUAAUCAGUCUUUUUUGCACUUUUCAAUUCAAAAUCUUCCGUAUUUUUUUCGCUUUAAAAUUUUAAUAAACUUUUACGUUUUAACCCAAUAUCAUAUUACUUGCACCUCUUUUGCGAUUUUAUUCUUACUGGUGCUUCAACAAUAUGGUAUUGUGACGUCACAAGCCCAUAACUCCUGCCCCGGUUUACCAGCAAACAGUUAUAUAUCAUAUAACAUAUCCGCUAUUAAGAAAAUCUCCACAGUUUUUAACUCCUACCCCCCACCAAAAAAAAAAAAAAAUUCAAAUUUUGAUAAUCGACACCUAAAUCUCCUUAAAUUGGAAACAGCUUGCAAAUUACCUUUCUCCUAAAUACGUGACCAUUUAUAGCAAAACGGGGUUUCUCAAAGCGAAUACGUUCUAUGAUAUAACCAACCUACACCAGCUUUUACUUGCAAAAUUUUUACCUUUUGCCUGAACGUUGUAUUAAUGAAUGCCGACCAAUUAUUAUUGCAACUUGUAUUUCAAGCAAUUGUAGCACAAGACACUGGUACACAAUAAAUGUUCAGCGUUCCGACCUCC